AUGGCUCCACCAGCUAAAUCGGCAGGCAAAGCGAUGAAGAAAUCCGGCAAGGCUCAGAAGAACAUCACCAAGUCCGACAAGAAACGCAAGCCCAAGAGGAAAGAAUCUUACGGUAUUUACAUCUACAAGGUCUUAAAGCAAGUGCAUCCCGACACCGGAGUGUCGUCUAAGGCCAUGAGCAUCAUGAACAGUUUCGUCAACGACAUUUUCGAGCGCAUUGCGUCCGAAUCUAGCCGUCUAUCUCACUACAACAAGCGUUCUACGAUAACCAGUCGAGAAAUUCAAACCGCCGUCCGUUUGUUGUUGCCCGGAGAAUUGGCCAAGCACGCCGUCAGCGAAGGCACCAAAGCCGUGACCAAGUAUACCAGUUCCAAAUAA